UAAAUGAAAGUGUAUAUUUUAUAAUAUAAGUAGAUAAAUAUAUUUGAUUAAACCAUGAGUGAACAAGAAUUAAAAUCAAAAGGAUUUAAGCGUGCUGAAAACAAUUUACUGAACAAAUUCAGUGCUGCAUUUUCAAAGAAUUAUCCACAUUAUGUAAUGCCUGGUUAUAACUUAAAUAAAUCAUCGUGUAUCGAGAAAUGGGAUGAAGAAAGUGCAAUGGGGCUUUAUCAAGAAUUUCCAUAUAAUUGUGAUUUACCAAAACCAUUAUUGCCCCCAGCGAGAUUAUCAAGAACAGUUCUUUGUGAGGAAGACCCAGCUUUACAGCUUCUUGUAUUAAAAAAUCACUUAAAGGAUGAUAUUAACAGAAUCAUGAGUCAUUAUGAAAGGCAUAAGAAAGAGCUUGAUGUACAUACAAAGAAAAUAAAAUGGAACAGGGGAAGUAAUGGAUACAACACAAAGAUACCUAGAUAUGUUGCAGAUAUAGCAGAAUUGCUUGACAUGGAUCCUGAUCCUUAUUUUGAAGGGACUUAUAAUUGGUAUUAUACUGGUGGAUCAUUAAAUUAUAUUCAGUUUAAUAACUCGGAUGUUUUACUAUUUCCAUUUAUGGAAGACUUAGUUGCUGCAAAUAUUAUACCCAUGGAAGACUCAAUAUGGAAGCCAUUAUUGCAAAAUUCAGCUAAAUGUAAACUACAUGGAUUAUUGUAUGAAAUUAGGAAAAGUGAGGUUGAUAAUACAUGUAGAAUUCUAGGAAGGCAUAAAAAUAAAUGUGCUAUUUAUAUGCUUUCAAAUUCUGAGAAUCAUUUAUUACUUAAUGAAAUUCAUAGGCAAGCAUCAAAGGCACCAUAUGUCAGUGCUGAUUUGAGUUUAACUAAUGUCAAUUAUCAUUGUACAUUAAACGCAGAAAUAUUGUCUUUAUGGGAUAUAAAUAAUAUGCAUUCUAUUAAUAGUGGUCCUGUGUUACAAAAUAAUACGACUAACGAUGUUUGGGGAUGUAUAAAAUUUCAACAAAUGGAUUUAAAUGUUUUGACUUUUAUGGAUAGAUGUUGCUUACAUUAUUUUGAUAUCAGAGCUCCUUUUGAUCAAUCAAGUCUUACAUUGUGUCCUAAAUUCAACUUGGAAAACUGCGAAAACCUCUCAGUCGAGGCACCAAGUAGACACAAUUCCUGUCGAUAUUUGGGUACUUCUCAUUAUCUUUUAUUAUGUGAUAAUCGUUUUCCAAAGCACUGUGUACGACAAAAAUGGACACAUCAAUUAAAGGAUACUCCUUUAUUGGCAGCUGUAACUAACAACAAUGACAAGGAAAUCAUUGUUUUAUCAACUCAAAGAGUCGGCGAAAACGCAAUAAUUUUGAAUACUUGGAUGAAUGAGGAGGACUCUCAUUCCUUUAAUUUACCUUUUACACCCCCGUGCAUUGCAGAAACGUUAAAUGAGUCUCAAAUUCAAGGAAUGUGCUUAAAUCCAUAUUUACGAAGCAGAUUUGAACUAUGUAAUACUGGUAGCACAUUAGUCACAAGUACAAAAAAAGGAGAAGUGUUCUACUUUGUACAAAAUUCGAUUGGUGACAUAUUUUAUCAAUGUAUAACACACGAAAACACAUUGGACAAAUAUUCUCCCAUAAAUGGCAAAUCUUGUUAUGCAUUGAAUUUGUGGGAGAAAGCUUUAUCAACUCAAGCUGAGCCGUUAGUACCUUUGACACUUUCUAACAAAUGUAACAUGGAACAUAUAUACAAAAAUUUUACGAAUAAAAAGCUCCGUUUAAAAUCCAAUAAAAAGGAUGCAGACGAUUCUUUUGAACCAACUUGGAAACAAUCAUUAGCUACAUUAGGAUCUUACAUCGAUCUAUUAGCACCCGAACUUCUUGCAGUUUGGGAAAUACGUGAAGAAGUACCAUUACCUAAAAAUACAGGAUCUCAUCAAAAAGUUUGGAACUGGUUAGAAUCAUCGACUUCAAAUCAUCCGAUGAUGCAAUCACAAAACGACUCUGAAUAUAUAUCCACAUUUAUCAAUACUAAUGAAUUAACUAGUGUUUCUCAAGAACAAGAUCUCAUAUGUAUUGAAGAAGAUGUAUUGUAAUACAAUAAAUACUGCAAUUGAACUAAAAGUUAAAACAGUAAAUAUAAA